AGAAAAUACUGUUGUUGUUAAAUCAAUGGCGGAUGUUUGGAUAAAUAGUAAGUUUUUCAAUACCCUGGUCUGAAGAGGCUUUUAAGUGAAGUAGGUGACAGUCAAAACCAAGAGGAAACCUAUAAAGUUGCGGUUGUUGUUGCUGACAGGUUCCCUCCCAUUCAGUUUACAGCUAAAAUGUUUAAUAACACUGGUGAAACAGUGGAGGGGCAGAUGGAGCCUUUGUGUGAAUCCAGAGAACAGGUUUUAAAGCCGCUUCCAGACAUGACACCGUCCUCCAGGUUUCUGCAGGUUGAACUGGAGCUGAACACACACCUCCGCCGGCUCCGCUUCAGCGAACCGGUCCGGUACAUCUACAACCCGCUGGAGUACGCCUGGGACACCCACCGCUGCUACGUGGACAAGUACUGUUUACCCGGACAAAAGGUCCUGUUUCUGGGCAUGAAUCCUGGACCCUUUGGGAUGGCACAGACCGGGGUCCCCUUUGGUGAGGUAAAAUCUGUAGUGGAUUGGCUUAAGAUCACAGGGGAGGUUGGCCACCCCAGUGACGAGCAUCCAAAGCGACGUAUCACUGGACUCGCCUGCACUCAGAGUGAAGUGAGCGGUGCACGUUUCUGGGGUUUCUUCAGAAAGUUAUGUCACGAACCCGAGCUGUUCUUCCACCACUGCUUUGUGCACAAUCUUUGUCCGCUUAUUUUUAUGAGUGCCAGCGGUAAGAACCUGACCCCUCCUGAGCUGGUCGCAGGUGAACGGGAGGAGCUCCUAAAACUGUGUGACAUUGCACUGUGCCAGGCGGUGGAGGCACUGGGUGUUUCCAUGGUGAUAGGGGUUGGACGGGUGUCAGAGCAGCGUGCACGGCGAGCUCUGUCUGCUGCAGGCAUCAAUGUACGAGUCGAAGGUAUAAUGCAUCCGUCACCAAGGAACCCACUGGCCAAUAAGGGGUGGGAGGAAGUUGCCAAAGCCAAACUGGCAGAGCUGGGUGUCCUGUCACUGCUAAACAACCAGUGAGAAGAUCAGCCUCUUAUGAACUUGUGCCUUCGUUCUGACAGUGGAUCAGGAUGGGAGACAUUCCUGUAGAUGUAGACACUAUGUACAAUACUGGGUCUGUGGGUUACUGUACAGAUAACAUGUGGAGGCUCACUCUGUCCCUCACUUCUCAGUCAGCAGGUCUUACUAAACAUUGCCAAAUCAGUGAUGGUGAUGGGAAGAAAAAGCUAAAAGUUGAGCUCAUAAUACACUAAUGCCUUCCUACUUUCCUCACUGUAAACAAAUCUGAUCAGCAAAUGUAUAUUUUCUUCUGCUGCUAUGAACUGUAUGUACUGAUUCAUUUUAGGUCUGUAUUUUUGUACAGAUUAAUGCUUCAAACAUUGAAGCUAAUAUUUUACUGUCUAAGUUACUUAUAUGCACGCUCAGGGGGGUUAAAAGUGAAUACCUUUGGCCCUCUUGUUAUUAACUGUAUUUAGGACAAAGGGUCCUAUGCUUAAAAUGUGCAGAAGAGAGAGUUGUCAGGUAAAAAAAAAA